AUGUGGUCGUCUUCUGGAAGUGGCAAGAAGCCUGCGCAAUCUGAGAUGGUCCAAGUCGGUAUGUUCAAGGAGAAGCUUGCCAAAUGCCGAAUUGUUGCUAACACAAGCUCAAUUGCUAUGGGACAGAUCGAUCAGACUUGCCCGACUAGGUCCGCAUCGCCGUUCUGGAGACCACCACCACGAGACAGCCACAACUCUACACCAAAGAGAAAUAUGACGUCGCCUACAGGCCAUGGCUCUGGCCUCGUUGUUGGCGCCGCAUACUCUCAUGCAGAUAUGCUCAAUUUCGACUCCUUAAACUCUUCCAGCUCUGCUCGACCUAGAACACCUCCUUCUUCCUCCUCUGCCAAAAUUCGAAUCCAUGAAGCUUCUCCUCCCCCGAAAACGAUGCCUGGAAACAGGGGCUCACCUCCAUACAAGAGUUACAUCAACUUUCUAUCAAAUACCAAUGACGACUGGAAGGCAGACGAAGAUGAUAUGAUGGGCUACGAGGAUGACGACGGUGACGACUUUGGUUUGCCGAGCCUGUCGAGUAUGAAGAGAAGGACGAAACGUAUCGCUACACAGAACAGGGCAGAGUCGAGUACAUUGUCACCGUCGACAGAAGGGCCUCCCAGUGGCCUCCUAACGAGACGUUAUUCAAAUAGCGCCGACAUCGCAGUAGAGCGACCUGCACCCACAUAUCCCAUGCCCAAGAAGAGCGAAGGCAAGAUUCUUCGACCGCAGUAUAAGGAAAUUCUGAAAGACCCCGCCAACGCUCUACAUCUCAUCAACUACCCUACCGUCCCCGCCAACGCCACUCCCAAGGAAGCCGAUGCCAUAAACUCUCGCAUUACACGUAUUAAUAAAUUCAAGAAACUCCUACAAGCUUCUACUAUCUCACUUCCCGACCUGAGAUCAACAGCCUGGUCUGGUGUGCCGCAGGAGGUGCGUGCCAUUACUUGGCAGCUACUUCUCAGUUAUCUGCCCGCGAAUAGCGAGCGCCGGGUCGCUACACUAGAGAGGAAACGUAAAGAGUACCUUGACGGCGUCCGUCAAGCAUUUGAGAGGGGAGGAAACGCGACAACCACUUCAGGCAACACAGCCCCUGCCGGUCGGACACGGGGCCUAGACGAGGCCAUCUGGCACCAAAUCAGCAUCGAUGUACCCCGGACAAACCCGCAUAUUGAGCUUUACAGCUACGAGGCCACACAGCGGUCACUCGAGCGGAUACUGUAUGUGUGGGCCGUUCGACACCCAGCCAGCGGCUAUGUUCAGGGCAUUAAUGACCUGGUAACGCCAUUUUGGCAGGUGUUUUUGGGCAUAUACAUUGGUGAUCCUGAUAUCGAGUCUGGGAUGGACCCAGGACAGCUUCCUAAGUCCGUGUUAGACGCUGUUGAAGCCGAUUCUUUCUGGUGCCUUACAAAGCUGCUCGAUGGUAUCCAGGACCACUACAUCGUGGCACAGCCGGGCAUUCAGCGCCAGGUUGCUGCUCUGCGUGACCUGACAGCACGCAUAGACGCCAACCUGUCCAAGCACUUGGAGCAAGAAGGCAUCGAAUUCAUCCAGUUUAGUUUCCGUUGGAUGAACUGCCUCUUGAUGCGAGAGUUCAGCGUCAAAAACACAAUACGCAUGUGGGAUACUUAUUUGGCCGAGGAGCAGGGCUUCUCCGAGUUCCACCUCUACGUAUGCGCAGCAUUUCUUGUAAAAUGGUCUGACAAGCUUGUCCAUAUGGAUUUCCAGGAGAUUAUGAUGUUUCUUCAGAGCCUUCCUACCAAGGGCUGGACAGAGAAGGACAUUGAACUGCUCCUAAGUGAGGCUUUCAUCUGGCAGAGUCUCUUCAAGGGUUCUGCUGCCCAUCUGAAGGGGCAGCCUACUCGCGAACCUGUCACGAAUCUACAGCUGUGA